GUCAUUACCUUUAAAUGAGCUUAUCAGAUGUGGAUCUGAAAGCCUCCCACGAACACAGUUGUCAACAGAAGUCAUAAGGAAAUCUGCCAGUACAGAUAAUUUUGUUCCUUCUGUGACAGAAGCUGCGAUGGAUCAGUUUCGUAGUAAUCCAAGCAGCAUAAUGACUGUGAGUGUGGGUUCUGGAUUAUGGGCAGAACUGAUCAAGAAUCGUCAAAAUUCAUCAGAACUUAAGAGUCGUCAUAAUUCUGGUGCCAGCGCUGAUAUACUAAAAAGUCGACAUAAUUCAGGUGCAGGUGGAGAUAUGCUUAAAAGUCGACAUAAUUCAGGCACUGGAUCAGUCCCAGGUGGCCUCUAUUCAGAUGUGUCCAGCCUUUUAGAGUCAGGGCAAACAACUGAAGAUGGGUGUGAAGGAGAUAUUAGUGAUUCUGAUAAUGAGUGCUGUGACUGGCUCCAAGAUUUCGAAGCUGUGCGACCUUUUCUGCCUGAGUUUUGGCUAAUCUUAAGAGUUUCCAGUGACUGUGUCGACACUUUCUUUCAUUGUCGAUCGGAAGGAGAGGUCUCUCGCUUGCGCUCAGUGCAAGCUGAAGUGGUACGUAGCGUUCGAGCCCUCGUGAAGCUCGUGAACCAGACACUUCUCCUUCAGGAUCUUCACUCUACGCGUAUGUGUAACCGUUUGCUGGAACCAGACACAUCUGAGGAUAUAUGGCGUCAUGAAGAGACAAAAGGAAGAAAUACUGAAGAUGGUGAUGCAGAUUCCAGAGGAGUUUUAGAAGCUAGCCUGAAAUUCAAGGCUGGGGCAUUUGCCUGUCGAGUAGUGUGGGAGACUAAGUUUGAAUUACAUCCCAAGGUGAAGCUGUGUGCUGGAAAAGUAGGCAGUAAGGGCAUCCAAGCCUUACGUACCAUUUUAAACCCCCAUCUCUGUAAACAAUCGGAAAAUAUGUUUGUUUAUGACGGACACUUCAGGAAAUGGACCCCAUGUCUUUUACCUAAGAAGAAAGUGAUAGUUGAUAAAUAG